AUGUUGCAUCAUCAGAAGGGUGGUGCGAGCCAGGACUUGGGAGUCGUCGGAAACAAUUUCAUUGAAUUAUCCGAUUCCGGGACAUCCUAUCGACCAGAUCAGGUCGAUGAUAUGCAUCCUCUUAAUGAUGCGGACAAUGUGGAAGACCCUGACGAUUCGCUUCCAUUAGCCAAAGCUGCCCGCAAAUACCCCAAAGUGGUCGCCUAUUCGCUAUCCCUCAUGCUGGUUGUUCUAGGAUGGGGCUACGAUCUUGUCCUGGUUGGUUCCAUUCCAGCCGUUGACUCCUUCAAGAGAGACUAUGGAGAAAUUUACAAGGACGAGCUCAUCAUUCCAGCGAUGUGGUUGUCUCUGUGGACAGCCGCUUCACCUUUGGGGAUGGCGAUUGGGUCUCUCUUUGCAGGCUGGUUCCAAGAUAUUGUUGGCCGUCGAAACAGUCUUUUUACAGGAAGUGCCGUCACUGGUGCCGGCGCUGCCAUUAUCCUUUGUUCAUACCUACCCCCAGAUAUUGAAGCCAAAAGGGGCAUGUUCUUUGCAGGGAAGGUGAUCCAGGGACUCUCCAUCGGCCUUCUCAAAGUCACUGCCAUGACCUACAUAUCUGAAACUGCCCCGACUUGUCUACGGGGCUCUGCUCUAGCCCUUGUGCCUACAGGAAAUCUGAUGGGUCAGUUUUUGGGAUCAAUCGUGAUCUACCUUUGCAACAACGUUGAAGGGAGGGAAGGAUACAUUGGUGCAUUUGGGUCUCAGUUCAUUUUGGUCAUCGCCCCCUUCAUAGUUGGAGCUCUUAUGCCCGAGAGUCCAGCGUUCCUCGAAGAGAAGGGACACAGUGAGAAAGCCUUCCAGGCGACGGAAAAGCUCUAUGCGCCACGGGCAAACCCGAUGAUUGAGAUGCGCAAGAUCCGCACGAGUAUUGCCGAAGAGAAAAAAAUGUCCGACGGUGCGACGUAUAUGACUUGUUUCACCAAGGCACACCUCAGACGGACGCUGAUCGUGAUCCUGGCGAAUUUUCUCCCGACCAUGUUUGGCCUGGACCUUUUAGGGAAAUCGAGCUAUUUCUUGCAGUUGAUUGGUAUGCCAUCAAGUACGAGUCUUCUGAUCCUCAUCGCCGGAGUCGUAAUAGGCAUCAUCGCGAACGCCGCUGGCGUCUGGGUCAUGUCUAGAGUUAAUCGAAGGCCAGCGAUCCUCAUAUCCCUCGGGGGUGCAACAGUCUUGUGGGCCAGUAUGGGUAUCUCUGGAUUUUGGAGGGGACCGGUCGUUGCCAACGUGACCGCCGGGUUGCUGACCUUGAUCAUCAUCGUAUGUGGUGUUGGCGUUUGGCCAGGGAGUUACGCAGUCAUGGGAGAGACAAGCUCUUUGAGACUGCGUGCAAAGACGCAAGCUGUCGGUGGAGUGGCCCAGCAAGGAACUUCAGUAAUGAUGAGCUUCGUUCUGCCUUAUACAUACAAUCCCGACGCGGGAGAUUUGGGAGGCAAAACAGGAUUUAUUCUUGCUGGCCUUUGUCUGCUAGCUGCGGUCUUGUGCUGGUACUUCAUUCCGGAGAUGAAAGGUAGAAGUUCCCUGGAGAUUGAUCAGAUGUUUGAUCUCAAUCUCGGGGCGAGAGAAUUCAAACAUUGGAAGAGUCCGGAAGCUGAGCCAAGGGCGUCAGAUUAG